AUGGUACUUAUGGUUUGUGCUAAAGCCACUGAUAUUACAUCUGAUCAAGACAAUAAUAUUGAUGAGCCUGUAAUGCCUGAUCCUAGCAUAAAGUGUGGAGAAUGUCCGUGCGGGAAACCAUGCAGCCAACAACUAACUCCUCCUCCUACUCCUCCAAAGCCCAUUAAUACAAAUUGUCCACCAGUUAUUCAACAGAAUAUGCCUGCGCCACAACCACCAUCACCAAGGUUCAUCUAUUCCACGGCCCCGCCGGUUAUUCAACAGAAUAAUCCCUCGCUUCGGUCACCACCACCGCCAAGGUUCACCUAUUUCACAGCACCACCAGGAAACUUGUACUCAACUGAUCCAUUUAAUUUGCAAAGUUACUCCGGUGCAGUAACUAGCUGUAAUUCCCUUCUGCCUCUGGUUGGUUGUGGGAUCCUAGAGUUGCUAGUCUUUGUCUAUGUAAUUGGCUAG